CUUAGGAGGUAAGGCAUGGCAUAUCAACUUGGAACUUCUCUCUUGUCGACUAAAAUUAGUUUCAUUUCAAGAUCUUAAUAACGAAGAAAAAACAUAGAAAACCGAGUAAGUGUACUUUUGACUAAAUUACCCUUUGACAAUAAACACUUCUUUCCCUCGUUCCUUCCAACCCACAAAUUAAAGGGCCCCACCUCAAAAAUAGGGGGGAAAAUUAGUUCAUAUAAUCAAUCCAACCUUCCAUUUUUCAAUUCUACCCUCACAUCCCCUUCAACAACACCAAGUAAAACAACCAAAAACACAAUGGAAUUUUUCAAGAAAGCCAAAGUGGUUCGUCUCCGUAGCCAACACAACAAGUACUUGACGGCCUCCGAAGACGAAGAGGCCGUCAAGCAAAGCCGCAGCGGCUCCUCAAAGAACGCGCGUUGGACGGUAGAGCCAAUCGAAGGAAAACCAAAUGUAAUACGUUUAAAAAAUUGUAAUAGUUGGAAAUACUUAACCGCAUCCGAGGACUACAAUCAUCUCCUAGGCUCCGACUCGACUCAACCGUCGAGUGGGAGCCUAUCAAGGAAGGUUCCGUUGUGAAGCUAAGAACUCGCAAUGGAAACUUCCUUAGAGGUAACGGAGGGGUACCUCCAUGGAAUAAUUCCGUAACACAUGAUGUUCCUUCUAGAAGUGCUACUCAAGAUUGGAUUUUUUGGACCGUUGAUGUUGUUGAGGUUGACUAUAAAUCAAUGGACGAGGUUGAAGAUAAAAAGGGUGUACUUGAAGAUUCCGUAGGGUGCAAUGUAGAGGAUCAUGGCUCUUUGUCAAGGAAUUCUUCUUAUGCUUCAACAACAAUAAUGGAGGAAGUGGCUAAUGACUGUCAUGAGGUUGGAUCUCCUGUGGCAAGUUCUACACCUAAGUCUGCUAGAUCUGUUCGUUCUAAUUCUAAGGUUUCUGCAACUCCAAGUCCAAGGACAAGUCCUACAGCAUCAGAUACAUCCACCCGAGUUUCGCCCCAUGUUCAAAACAUACGCAAUGAGUCCAAGCAUUCCGGUUCUUUCAACAAGCUCAAAUCCAUGUUAGAUGGCCUACAAGACUUACUCGAUGGCACGGAAGAAGAAGACGAUACAAAAACAGAUGCUGAUUCAGAGACUUCAGUAGAAUAUCCCUCUAAUCACCACCCUCACCAACUAGAAGUUAAGAUGGCAAAACAAACUCUUAAAGAGUUGAACAACAUGGAUUUUGAAACUGUGUUAUCUUCUGGGAGAGACAUGAAAAUGGAUAAGUCCAUCAGUAUCCUUAUUGCUGAUGCAAAAGUGUCAUACCGCGAUCAAACCAUCCUUAAGGACCUCACCAACCUCCGAGAUAAGCUCAAGUCCAUGAGAAAUGACCGUGAAUUAGCCUGCCAAGAAUUGAAUGAGUACACAAGAUUCUGCACUAGGAGAUUAGAGGUCAAGGCCGAACUCAAGAAAGAUGCUGCUAAGGCUCACGAGUUGGAGACCAUAGAAGAUGGCUUUAGCAAAAUGCUUGCGACAGCAAGAGCCAAGAGGGAAAGCAUAUUGAAGCAACUCGAGGAAGUUGACAGUCGAAUCAAGGCUGCAGAAAAAACUCAGGCUGAUAAAGCGGUGGAUAUUGAAGAACUUAUUUCAAGAAUAGGGGAAAAGAGUCAAAGCCUUAGGGAGAUGGAAAGGAAUGAGAAAUCAUGGCAAGCGAAGAAAGUUGAAGCCGAAAAUAAGUUGGAGAGUGUAGAGGUAGAAUGGGAAAAAAUGAAGAGUUUGCUCCAAGAUGUUUGAUUGUGCCUUUCAUUUGGUGCCAAAUUAUGCGAAAGAUUAAAGUGAUAUCAUUACAUAUGCAAUUUUGUCAAACCAUGUAUUAUAAUUUUUUGUACUAAGAUAAAAAAUAGUCAGUAACAUACAUUUCCUACCUCAUCAAUUUGUCUAUAUUAUAAAAAAAGAUCAUGAUUGCGAUGAAUACAGCCAUUACAUUAGUGGCACGAUCCUAGGAGGAUAUUAUGCCAUCAGUAUCUUUAUCUUCAUGAAAUACAGCAUUAGUUACAUAAUUA